GAUAGGUCGAUGGGUGAACGGUGUUGUGUGAUAUUUUCUUUCUCUUAAAUGUGUCAAAUGGGAAACUUUUUCCUGUUCAUAAUGUCGGAGUGAAAAUUUUCCGUACGGCCCUAGAGUGCAGUAGAAAAAGGUAGAUACAUAAGUCUCGGGAUUGCUGGAACCGUAGACGAAUAUUUACGUUCCGAAUUGGAAGAAAAGUUCAUUGGAAAUCGCUCGUUUGAGGGUGCAAAGAUUUUAGUGCAGUGCCAACGAAGUAAAUAUGGGUGCACUAGCAAGCAGACAGAAUGCAGCCGUGGAAGAGGCUGAGUUGAGUGCGAACCAUCAGUACAAGUAUCCUCCUCGAUCAGGUAACUAUUUUGGUACUCACUUCAUAAUGGGUGGCGAACGGUUUGACACUCCUCAACCAGAAGCUUAUCUGUUCGGAGAGAAUGCAGAUUUGAACUUCCUUGGUUGCAAACCGACCCCUUUUCCUUACCCACCACCGCAAGCUACAGAGCCAACUAAAACGUUAAAAAGUCUAAUCAACAUCCGCAAGGAAUCGGUACGGUUUGUAAAGGCAUCCGAUUGUGCUGCAAAAAUUCACGGCGAUGGAACCAAAACUAGUGCAUAUAACAUUGAGUUCAUAUUUGAUGCAGAUGCACGAUGCGCCAUUACGAUUUAUUAUUUCUGCAUCGAAGAUAUUGGAAGUGCUGGCGUGAAUUAUAUUCCGCGUGAUUCUUCACUGUCGUCGGAAACAUUCCACUUCAAGCGGGGAGUGAACCAGCUUUUUACAGCCCCGUCGCACGUAUUCAAUCCUGCUUUAUUUUCCGAGGAUGAUCUUUCGUACAAUUCAGAGAAGGACACAUUCCCGGUUGUCAUCCACUGCGCUGUGGAGGAAGGCAACGAAGAUUGCCGCCAGAGCCACACAACUAUCUGCGUUGUAGAUCACCAUUCGGAUGGAACUUACGCUUUGCGAGCCCUAAAACAGAAGAUUUUUGUCGAUGGCCUUUGUUACUUACUGCAGGAAAUUUACGGGAUCGAGAAUAAGCUUGUUAACAAAUCCAUUGGCGAUGAAGAUACUGACGACAAUGGAAGCGAAUGUGUGAUCUGCAUGUGUGACACUAGGGACACGCUGAUUCUUCCUUGUAGGCAUUUGUGUUUGUGUAAUUCAUGCGCUGAUUCACUUAGAUAUCAGGCAAACAACUGUCCGAUUUGCCGUGCUCCCUUCCGUGCAUUACUGCAAAUCCGUGCCGUUCAGAAAAGCACUGCGGGAUCGAACGUAGUUGCAGCUCAAAGCCCUCAGGAUAGUACGGAUAACAUUCCAUCUGGAUAUAUCCCAGUGUCUUUAAUUGAAGCCCUCAAUGGGCCAAUCAGUACUAAACCGCAAACCAACACCGAAAAUGCAAACAGCGCGACAGAUGGCAAUACUGACAACACCCAAGUAAAUCAGACAAUGGGAAAAACGGAUCCCGAUAAAGGUACAGCAAAGGAGACAGAAACUACAGGAUCGCGCGAAAAGUUGAAUCAAAAUGCUGUGGAAUUCCGGAUGUCACUUUUGUUGUCUAAAGAGGACGGAUCAGUUUCCUGUGUUACGAAGGAACUGCUAACCAAGCAUUCACCACUAAUGCAGCGUGCUCCGGCUGGCAAGGAUAAAAAUCCACGCGAGAAAGGAAGUCUGCGUAACCAAGCUAGCCAGUUAACCGUCAAAGACAAUCCCGCGCUGGACCGUGAGACUGUUCUGCUUGUUAAUGAAAAAACUCAACUGCCCAAUUUGACCGAGAUGGACGACGAUAGCGAGGCGGAAAAGUUGUCCCCAUUGUUGCAAAAAGUGGAGAGCGAUUGUGUCGAGCAGAACUGUGAUACGUACGAGAAAAUGCCCAAAAUCUUACGAAUGGAGGAAGUGGAAAAUCUUAAUUCUCGAAACCAAAAGUCGAUUGUAACUCUAGCUUCCGCUGAGGACUCGGACUAUUACACUCCCGAGGAUCCACACACCACAAUUCUUAGUCCUUUGAAAGAUGAAGAGAAAGUUGACGGAUCGAAGAAACUUUCUACGCCGCUCACUGCACUGAAGGAAGCAUCGCAAGGCUCUCUUCCAGAUAGUCCAAUCAGUGGCAACUCACAUACUUCAACACGUAGUUCCGGAGAUAGUUAUUCCUCCAGCUCCAGCACCAGACAACUGCUUUCAUCCGUAACAGCCAAUGAUACACCUACUCACGUUACAGUAAAAGUUGAUGCGUCCGCUGAAGGGUUAGUAAAACAUGAUAUCAAAAUUGGUAAUAAUACCAAAAUCGACUGCAUUGAGAGCGAUUAGGUACUCCCUGGUGUGUAAAUUGAUUGAAUAACAAAAAAUACAAUGCAUUUUCACUGCAAGUGAAUAACAAGUUUUGCUACUGCAUGAAUAGCCCAUACAACAACACUGUUGAAUCCAUUUCAAACAUCUGAAUAGUACAUUUGACUUCGCAUCGAUUGGUAAUUACUUACUACCGAGAGGAUAUCCAAAACAAGAACAGAUUUAUGUUUGAAUUUUAACAUUAGGUUUUUAUUAUUCGAUUAUCACUGAAACAUUUAUCAAAUAAAUUCGU